AGACAAGAGAGGGUCGCUCAUUGCGGUAAAAAAAAAAAAAAAAAAAAAAAAAAAAAAAAGAGAAAGAGAAAUAGUGCUAAACAGUGAGGACAGAAGAGGGUUCUUUCUGAACGCGCAUUGCUAAAUCACCACACACUGGGACUCUGUUUACUGUAAGGUGAUUUUUCAACCCAAAGAUGAAUUUUGAGCAGCCCCCUCCAUACCCAGGCAAUGGCCCCACUGCUCCUGGCUACCCAGGCCAGGGCCCACCACCACAGGGCUACCCAGGCCAUGGCCCACCACCACAGGGCUACCCACCUCAGGGAUUUCCUCCACAGGGAUACCCCGUGAACAUGGAGCAGCCUAAUCCAGCUUACCCUAACUACCCUGUCGGACAAAUGGGCCCUGGAGGUCCUUAUCCUGGCCCAGAACAGCCUCCCUAUCAAGGCUACGCUGGACAACCACAGUUUGGCUGGCAGGGGGGACCCCCUCCUGGGCCUAUGUAUGGGGAAGCUCCCAAAAACACAGUGUAUGUGGUGGAGGACAGAAGAAGAGACGACACAGGAGACACAUGCCUGACAGCCUGCUGGACAGCUCUGUGUUGCUGCUGUCUCUGGGACAUGCUGACAUAACGUAUUCCCCAACUGUUCACUCCCAUUACCCACUUGCCCCUCAUUUCUGUGCCUCGAACCCCAUCACCCUCUCCCCCCAUCAGCCUUAAACCUUGCACUCCCUCAAAAUCACCCUUCUAUUUCCUCGACACGUCUUGCUCGUCUAUAAAUAUAAGCCUUGAUCCCAUGUGGACGUCUUUUAUGUGCAGCCCUCAGCACUGACUGACAUGACUGACCCUGUCUAGGGGCUACUCUGUAGCUGCUUGUAACUGAGCUUCUAAACAUAACCUGAAUCUCAGGCUCUUCUCUGUAAUCUUACACCAACACACAACAGGCACAAACGCGCGCACACACACACACACACACACACUAAGGUACAUACACAAUAACACAUGCACGCAUACAGUGUACUUGGAUCUCAGGCUCAUCUAGUGUGAGGCUCUUUGGCACUUUAUGAUAAUUACCUCUGUAAGAUACUACUCCUGCCUGCCCUCUCAACCAUCUCCAACCUUCCCUAACCCCCCUUCAGCUAUGCUACUUCCCAUCGCCAAGGACUACCCUUUUCCUGGACCCAAAGGCCACCAAGACCCUGGCUGCUAAUGAGCUACAGGGCGCUCUGAAGAAGCUAAUGCUUGAAAUGUACCCCUUUCAUUUGCACAGAAGCCGUUUUUGCCGAUGUUUGUCUUCAAGUGAAAUCAUAUGAUAAUAAAUGGAAUGCAUUUUUAAAGAUGACAGUGAGUUAUGUUUAAUUACUGUUAACAUUCGAUGGCCUCAAUGUUUUUUUUUUUUUUUUCAUGGUGAUCUUGAUAUGAAAAAUUAUUCAAAUAUUAUUUUUAUUACAUACCUUGGAGAUAAAACUGAAAAUAUGAAAAAAAAGGAGUUGUGAUUGCUUAACAGAAGAAACCAAAUGAUCUGUUAGAUGCCUUUUCUGCUUUGGAUGAGAAUCUUGCAUUAAAAUAAUUUAUUCCCAUGAAA